AUGGGCAGGCUUCCUUCUGGUCUGCAAAUUCUUGAAAGAAACGAUUGUGAGCUGUGCAGAUCACAGGGAAACGUGGCUACGGUGAAGACGUUUGAGGCACACGAUGCAAAAGUGAUCAUUGCCGACAUUCAGGACGCUGCAGGAGAUUUGUUGGCACGAGAACUCGGCGGACCUGACACAGCCCGCUUCAUCCAUUGCAAUGUGAGCCACGAGGAACGCGUUGCAGCGGUUGUGGAUCUGAGCGUUAGUGCAUAUGGAGGACUCCACGCAAUCACGGGAGUGAAACACGCCGCCAGAGUUAUGAAACCGAUGCAAACGGGUUGCAUCAUUACCACGGCGAGCAUGGCUGCUCAUGUCGCAGUGUCCCCUACGGCUUACACGACUUUCAAGCAUGCCUUGCUGGGACUGUCUCGCUCUGCAGCUUUGGAGCUCAGGGACUUCAAUAUCAGAGCGAAAAGAGUUUGUCCUGGUAUGAUCAGGACAUCGAUUUGGAACGAGCUCGCUCAGACUACAAGUGUCUCACAAGACAUGGCAGGGCCUUUCUGUAUAGCUAAUGCAGCUCUGUUUCUAGCCAGCGACGAUUCUUCUUUCGUGAAUAGCGGAGACUUGGCGUCAAUGAUUUCGAUGAUAAAUGGAUUUUUAAAUUUGUUUUGA